CUUUUGCUCAAACACACACACACACACACAUAGACUCACACUCACAGACACACACAGAUACACACACACAGACAGACACACGCAUACGCGCGCUCGCGCACACUCUCUCACAGACACACACACACACAGGGAGGACGAUGCGGAGCAGGAGGGUCAGGCAGAGCAGCGCUGUCUCGGACUUUAUGAGGGAUUUUUGUACGCGUCGUCCGUCGGCGUUACGCACCGCGCAGCAGCACUGCGGUCCCUGUCGCGGCUCUAAGCGCGGCGCUCCCCUUCGCUCGCGCUGAAAGGAUACGCUUCAGCUCGGUUCGGGACCGCGGGGUCGUUUCAGGCGCGUGCGGGAGCUACUGACCAAACAACCGGACAACCGGACAGUCCGACAGCCUUCGCUAACGCUGCUGCACAAUGGGAGCAGUGUGUUACCCAAGUUCAUCAGUGGACUAGGGCACAGGCACGGGUGCUGGCACGGGUACUGGUCUAGGCUACUUCUGGUGAUCUCGCUCGUGCUUUGAUUGAUUUCUGCCCUGUUUCUCCUCGCCUCGUUCUAAUCUCGCUCCUCGCUCUGGCUCGCGCUAAAGCCCAGCGCGCGAGGAAGUAGUUGUCGGGGUUCGGGAGAAGAAAAGAAGCUGCACGCGGAGGAUGGGACGCGCCCGGGUGAAGUUUGCGCACUGCACGCUGUUGGGGUGUACAUUCUGUCCUUUCUCCAGAUGUUCGUGGGGACAGGUGGCCAUGCUGAUCUGCGGUGCUGAGCGGUGGAGUGUACUGUUGCCUCAGUGUCUGUUCUGCUGAAGCCUGCGGUGCUUGGCCCCCUCAUGGCUCUAUGGGAGCUCUUGCUGUCCCUGGGCCUCCACUGCUGGCUGGCUGCUUCUGCCAGUCUGGCUGAGGAUGGUCCCGCUGGGCCCCUGGACUGGCUUCUAUCAGACAAGGGACCCUUCCACCACUCCCAGGAGUACACCGACUUUGUGGAGAGGAACCGCCAAGGCUUUUCCACCCGAUACAAGAUAUACAGGGAGUUUGGCCGCUGGAAGGUGAAUAACCUGGCUGUGGAGCGGAGGGAUUUCCUGGACUCCCCGUUACCUCUCACCCCCGAAUUCAUUCGGAACAUUCGACUCCUGGGCCGCAGACCCUCCGCCCAGCUAAUUACUGACAACCUGAUCAAGAAAUAUGGGACUCAUUUCCUCCUCUCAGCUACACUAGGAGGAGAGGAGGCUCUCACCAUAUUUGUGGAUAAGAGGAAGCUGAGUAAGAAGGCAGAGGUGAGCGACUACACCAGCAACAGCACGGCUGUGACUCUGGAGGCGCUCCACCAGCUGGCUGCCUCCUACUUCAUAGACCGGGAGAGCACGCUGCGCAAGCUGCACCACCUCCAGAUCGCCUCGACAGCCAUCAAGGUAACAGAAACAAGGACUGGCCCUCUUGGUUGCAGUAACUAUGACAACCUUGAUUCUGUUAGUUCUGUGCUUGUUCAAAGCCCAGAAAACAAAGUCCACUUGCAAGGCUUGCAGGUCAUUCUGCCAGACUACCUCAAAGACACCUUUGUCCAAGCAGCUCUCAGCUACAUCGCCUGCAAUGGAGAAGGAGACUUUGUCUGCCGAGGCAACGACUGCUGGUGCAAGUGCAACUCCAAAUUCCCAGAAUGCAACUGUCCGUACAUGGAUAUUCAAGCCAUGGAGGAGAGUCUUCUGCGGAUCUCGGAGUCAUGGAACCUCCUCUACAAAGAGUUUAAGGAUUCCGAUGAGUUCAAGACAUUCCUGAUGAGGCUGCCUCAGAACUUCUUCCUCAACACAUCGACCAUCCAGCACUUGUGGCUGCUGGAUGGCACGUUUCAGCGGCGUUAUGAACUGCUGGAGAGCAGUAUGAAGGGCCUCUUCAGGAGGGCUCAGCGAGUUGUGUACAAGCUCUUCAGCCUCAGCAAGAGGUGUCAAAAGCAGCCCCUCAUCAACUUACCCCGCGAAAGGCCGCGGUCGUACUGGCUGAACCACUUCCAGUCAUUACUCUACUGCUCAGAAAGCAACCAGCUGGGAUUCUUCUCCGAGGAGCUGCACACCUGCAUCUGCGCGUACGACCAGAACUCGUGCCAGGUGCCCACUCCGUGCUCUAUCGGAGAGGGUCCAGCUUGCUCUGCGUGUGCCAGUGACAACCACACCCGCUGUGGCAGCUGCAAUCCUGGCUACAUGCUGAGUCAGGGAGCCUGUCGACCCAUGGUGGCAGAUUCUACGGAGAACUACCUGGGUUUUGAGACUGACCUGCAGGACCUGGAGCUGCGUUACCUCCUGCAGAGGGCCGACCGCCGCCUGGAGGUUCACGCCAUAUUUAUCAGCAAUGAUAUGCGCCUCAACAGCUGGUUCGACCCCUCCUGGAGGAAGAGAAUGUUACUCACCCUGAAGAGCAACAAGUACAAGUCGAACUUGGUGCACAUGCUUUUGGGAAUCUCCCUUCAAAUCUGCCUUACUAAGAAUAGCACCCUGGAACCUGCCCUGACUCUCUUCAUCAACCCCUUCGGCGGGAGCCACUCGGAGAGCUGGUUGAUCCCUGUGAGCGAGAACAAUUUCCCAGACUGGCAGUCCACCAAGUUGGAUCUUCCACUAGAAUGUUUUAACUGGACCUUGACUCUGGGCAACAAGUGGAAGACCUUCUUCGAGACCAUUCACAUUUACUUAAGGAGCCGCAUAAAAACAUCAGGGACUAGUGCCAACGAGAGCAUUUACCUGGAGCCUCUGGAAAUGACUGAUCCUUCCAGGAACUUGGGCUACAUGAAGAUCAACAGCAUCCAAGUGUUUGGCUACAGUAUGCAUUUUGACCCAGAGGCGAUACGGGAUUUGAUCCUGCAGCUGGAUUACCCGUACACGCAGGGCUCGCAGGAUUCCGCCCUGCUGCAGCUGCUGGAGAUACGGGAUCGCGUGAACAGGCUUUCUCCGCCGGGCCAGCAGCCUUUGGACCUGUUCUCCUGCCUACUGCGCCACCGCCUCAAACUCACAGCCAACGAAGUGGUGCGCAUCCAUUCUUCUCUGCUGGCCUUCAGUGCCCGACUCCCAAACUCUCUCGAUUAUGAGACGACUAAACUCUGUAGCUAACAGCUAGAAGCCCAGAGAGCUGUACAAUACCUUCACACACAGACAAAGACUGUGCAUGAGUCAGCGCUGCAAAUAGAGAGAGAGAAAAAAAGACAGAAAGACAGAAAGAAGGAAAACAAGUAAAGUAAGAAUGCAAAGUAAAGUAUGGUGAUGUAUGAUGGAUUCAUAAUAAACUAAUUGAGUCAUCCGCAGAGAUAUUUCACAGAUUCCUCAUUCACACAUUCACAGAGCAUUGUACUCAAAACAAAGGAGUCAUUUUCUUGUAAUGGUGCAGCACUAAGAUCAUAAAGGAGGGACAGGGACCUUUUACAUAUAUGGUAUGAUUGUUUGUAACUUUUCUAUGUUCUAUUGCUUCAGUGACUGUGCACUUUCCUUGGACAGAAUACAGUGAUGUCAGUAAGUUUUGUAGAUAAAAUUGCUAUUAAAACAUCAUGUAAUAACACAA